GCCCCGCCGGCGCCCCCGGCCCCUCCCCCCCCGCCAGGCGGGGAUGUGCAGCCCGUCCGUACGCCAUGGAAACAAGUUCGUAUAAGACACCGAAGAGAUCGCUGAAGACGAGGUUACGGUCUUCUACCUUCAGUUCCCCGUAUAACGAUACCGAUGCUCAGCAGGAAAUAUUCUGGGAUCCGACUUCUCCAACUACGUAUAAAUUAGAUAAAAGAAGAAAGAAACAAGCCGACAGGAAAUCUACUGUUGAAAUUUCGGAAAUCGUUAAUCGAAUCGCUCCUCAGGAUGAAAGACCAGUCAGAGACACCCUUCUAGACAUUUGGAUCGGCGAGGAUGCUAUUCCAUCCACUCCUAGUGUAGCCAAAGUAAGGUCCCGCACAAAAGCCAGCUGUACAAGGCUGAAAGCACAAAAUGGUGAAGAGGAACUUAUGAAGUUAGCCAAGCAAUUUGAUAAAAACAUGGUUGCGCAAGAAGCAAUCCAGGAGGAAGACCACGAAAGCCAUGAUGUUAUCCAGACAAGUUUAGAGACAGAGACUUUAAAUAAUUAUACAGAUGAUGCGCAGACACAGGAUCUGCAGUCGUUCCCUGAUGAAGUUCCCGAAACAAGUAUCGCUUUAUCCUUAAAGGCGAGGAAACAGAGCGCCGACAACGCUGCGGCCGAACGUUGUCCGAAUACCAUUCAGAAGGCGUAUGAUCCGAACGCUGAAGCAGCCCUCACUGCCCUUUUUGAUGGCUCUACCCAGAAGUGUAGCGGAUUGUUAAGCCAAGAUCUGCCAGACGUUUCCUCGAGUGCCGGGGUUAGCCAGAGAAAUAACAGCACUCUAAUAGAGGAGAAACCAAUGAACCGUGGGGAACUCGCUGAUGUAGAUUUACCUCAGAAGGACAGCACGACCACAACAGUUACUUCAAAAAUGGACACUGUAGCAAAGGAAACACCAAAAAUAUCUUCUACGCCCAAAUCAUCAACUUCCAAUAAACCUACCCAAGAUCAAACUAACAGUGACUUUGACGAUGAUUGGGAAGAUUGUUUCCUUCAACAUAACUCCCUGGAGCUGCAAACUGCUGAAAAUCCCGAACUGACGACCACUCCUAGACGUUCUCGCACAGCUCAUCCGGAGGCCAACCGGACCCCUACCUCCAAUGAGAGUAAGGAAACUAAAGCAAGAAUAAGUCGAACUUCGGUAGUUGGGGUCACGAACAUCCAGGAUGUCACUUCGGAGACAAACAGCAGAGAUGUAAAUGGAAUUGCAAAAUCCCUCUUUUCAAAGAAGCCGCGUGAUGAAGAAAACGUCGUGGUUCCCCAUGGCAGUAAUAUUAAAACCGAUGAGAGAACCAUCCAUAUCGGAAGCGUUCCCGACAGAGUUAGCCAUUCUACUCCAUCGGGUUCAAAGGUUAAUGCAAAGGAAGAGAGCAAACCUGAAGCCGGUCAGAGUAGGAAUGCUUCUGUAAGAGAGUCUACCUCAGCUUCUGGACAACUUCAACACGGAGGAGAUCGAAAAAGCACAUCUACCGUUUUCCGUAAUUCUUCAUUUAAUGUAUCUGCUACUGUAAGUGCUUAUGGCUCAAGUAGGGCUAAUAAAGAAACUCUGUGUCCCUUCACUCAGAGUGAGACACAACAGCAGGCUCCCGAGGGGUUGGAAGGCUCCGGUGAAGUUACAGAGAGGUGUCAUAAGCCGGAGAGUUGGGAAUUAAAUGACGUGGAUGAUGAUGUGCUGUACCAAGUGUGUGAUAAUGUUGAGAAACUGACUAAGCAACAGAACUGUCAACAGGAAGGUAAAGAAAGCGAGAGCAUGGAUAAAGCCGGUGAUAUUUCCAAGACGGGUUCCGACAGUGGUCUGACUUCAACGAAACCAGGACAGCCUAACCACCAGUCGAUAGACAGACUUAACGUGCACCGGAAUGUUUCUUCUUUGCUAAAGAGCUGUCAGUCAGAGAGCAUAAGUACAAGCGGUAACAAAGUGAACUGUGGAAAAUCAGUAACCACGAAAGGCGUUUCCACAGAUGUAGGUACCCAGUUCGAGAAUCCACGUGGUCAGACCCAGAGUCAGCGUGUUCCUGGGAAUGUGCCAGUGAAAGUGAACACAUCCUGUGCUGUUCCUAUCCAUCGGUUGACACCACAUGCUCACAUGAACCAAAACGGCAUUUCUUCUUCGAUAAAUAUCUCCUGGUCAGAAAGGUUAAGCCCAAAUGGGACCUUAUCACACUGUGGAAACUCAGUAAACACUCCAUGGAUUCCCAAAGCCACACGUGCCCAAUGCAAGAACCUACAGUAUCAGAACUUCGGGCAGCAGAUUUCUGACACUGUUCCAGUGAGGGUGAACGCAUCCUGUUCCAUUACUAGCGGUAGGCCUAUUCCACAUCUACAAGAAAGCGGUAACGAUCAUAACGUAAGGACCGGUGUUCCAGGUUACGAUGGACAAUUACAAAAUCAGAACCUUUCACGUAAGAGAACAACCCCACAUACCACCUAUGGUAAUAAGACAUCGGUUGCACCACCCAAGUACACUUUCACCAAGAUUGAAAAUACUCUGGUUCAGGUUAAUUCCGGUAGCGCUAUCAAAAUGGUACCGCAGACUUUAAAGGAAAGUACAGAUCAAUCCACCGAAUCUUUACCUGGGAAGGAAUCGGUUCCUCGACAUCACUGUUUGAAGAGACAGCUUUCCGAAUCUUCCACGAGGGCUUCCUCAGGGACCGAAGAAGAGAGUAAAAAAUAUUCCGAAGAGCAAAUUCAAAGGAAACGGCAAGAGGCGCUAGCACGAAGAAAGUCCAAAUUACAGAGCUCCCUGGGAAAUUCUCCCACUUAAUUUUUUGGACAUUCGAGUCAGCGGUUAAAUCAGAGGUUAAAGGUCUUCACAUCUAUCUGUGAUAGGAAAUGUUGGUGGUUUCUUUUGUUUCUCCGUGAGAAAUGUAAUGCUAAAUUAUAAGCGUGGACUUCUAUUUUAUUAUUUAAUAAAUCAGUGUUUACAAUUGUAAACAACCCCUUCUUCCAAAAUGUCUGUCCAUAUAAUAUAAUUUGUUGCAUUUGGAUGGACCAGUGGCACAAUUCACUGUUAUUGGUCAGUUAUUUUUGUUCUUGACUGAUUUGACUCUCAACUACUGCCUCGAUCCCCUUCCCCCAAUUGCCUCUCUCUCCCUAAACAACUCCUAAAAGAUCAUGUUCACGUGGCCCAACUCAGUCUUUUUCCAAUGUCCCUAGUUGGGUCUCGUUGAGCUCAAUCGCCAGGCUACGGGAUGAAGAGGCGUAGUGGAAUCCGGGGACGUAUUCAGGACUGGAGAAUGGACACAAGCAAAAUUCGGUGCCAUACUUAUCGGAAAUACACAGACAAUAGGCCCGGACUCUCUUAUAUGCUCAAGGGGUGUGAAUUUUCUUCAGUCCCUUACUCACCUAAACGUUCCGAUCACUGUGUGGUUGAUAAGAGAAUGCGUAUCAUGGUGGAUAGCAGAAAAAGAGCGAGCAAAUUAAGUCUGAAGUAUGAGGAGACGGAAAACGUGGAUGUGGGCCACAGGCAGCUGCAGUCUCCUAAUAAAUGAUUGCUGAUCUCGGGAAACUCAGGAAAGAAAGCUGUGACUCAAUUGGGAGGGAAAAAACUCCUCUCGUGCGUCUUGGAAAACCAUUUCGGAUCUGAAUAUUUUGGAAAGGUAUUUCCUGAAAAGCGUGUCCUAGAAAGAGGUAGUGUCCAGAAAAGUUUUGUGGUUGAGGGGAUGCUAGUCUACGGAAGAACAGGUUUUCCCUUUUUAAUAUAAUUUGCUACGCUGCUUAAGGUUUAAGUCUCUCUUGAUACUCUUGCAUUUUCAUUGAAGAGGAAAAUAAAAAUUUUUAAAAAG